UCCGAUCUCACGAUCUAGAUUCUCUAUCGAUUAGUGUUACAUAGAGACAGCUUACGGCCUUCGUUUCUUGUAAUGUGUACUAAUAAAAUUUAUCAAAGCACUGUUUCAGUGUAGACUUCUCCAGGCAAUGCAGUGUGAACCAAAGCCAGGUAUUCUACUGAAAAAUCAGCUGAUUAAUUGAGACUAAGCUAACUGAAUUGACUGAAGUUGAGGCCCAGUUUAGGGGUGACAGUACAGUGUACAGGGAGACAAUAAACAAAGAUAAUUUCAAUCAACACAACAGCGUUCAUUCAAUUUAAAUUUAAUUUUGACUCAUCACAAAAUAUUUGGGGUGAUUUUUGAACCAAUAACUGCAUUUUGGAAGGAUUUCGGAAAUUUUACAUAUUGAUUUGCAUAGAAUCCGCAAAAAGUAGCUACACCGCCUAAAAAUAAAGAAAAGACAACAAACAAUCGUAACUCCAAAAAGAAACAUGGCUGCAGCCUGGAACCCUCCCCUGCCGCGCCUUCCCCAGGCGCUGGCCCGACAUCAGGAAGCGUUACCUCUGACGCCCCAUAAACGCAUCCACCCGCCGGCGGUGCAGACGCAGGUCAUCAGUCUGGCAUCGAUGUGCUGCAAGUUUUGGCUUGAACGCGUCCAGUACGUCCUUAGGAGGGACUUGCCCAAAGCUCAGGUCUUUGCACUGCACAGAUUUCUAACUCAGCUGCCGAGGGAGCUGAGAGCAUGCAUGAUUCACAACGCACUGCGUUCUGGAGGUCUGCAUCUGUCGCACGGAAGUCGGGAGAUGCCUUCUGUCAAUCGCGCGCUCGUGCUACUCACGUCUGAGCUGCCGGUACGGGAGCCUGUCUACAUCACCCUUCCUAAGACGGCACCAGAGGGAGUGGACUGGCCUCCAGACCUGGAGUUGCUCAUCAGAUCUGGCGAAGGAGUGCAAAAGUUGGUGCUCUUCCUGCCGGUCUCCAUUGGUGAUCCCGUGAAGAAGCUUCUCACGGACAUCUGCCGUACGUGUCGACGAUUGCAGCACAUCACCUUACAUCAAGCAACCGAUGACGUCAUCACGCUCGUUGCACGUCAUUGCCCGUUUUUAGUCAGUCUUGACGUGAGCGGCAGUGAGAUGGUCACAGACGAAGGGCUGGCGAGGGUCGUUGUCAAUGUAAAAUGGGGGACCAACGAACCACGGCUCAAUUACAUCGACCUCGACAAGACGAGCGUCACCGACGACGGCAUUUUGAACGUCCUUUCCAGACUACCUGAGAUCAAUUCGUUCGGAAUUCGUGACAUUCUUGACCCUCUGCAAAUGUUUGAUGAACUUUCAGAAGGAGCCAAAACAAACUUGAUAGAAAUCAACGUCAAAUGUGUGACCGUAUCACGGAUACAAACUCUAAAAAAGUUAUGUCCAAAACUAGAAAAAAUUCGUGCAACCUUUCAGGAACAUCCGGGCCCUGGCGCUACAUUGAAUGAUUUGAGACUUCUCCCUAACCUGACCCAGUUGAGUAUAACGGUUAAGGAACCUUUCCUGUUGAGUCAAGCGAACCUCAACGACCUAGCAUGGAACAUCGGGGCUCGUCUUACGGUACUCAGGCUGGCAGGGGAUGUCUACUGGGAGGCCGACCUUGGUCUGCUGGCAGGACAUUGUCCUCUUCUGGAGGAGCUCGCCUUACCUGCAGCCACCGUUCCCACCAAGCAAAGUCUUGCCGCUCUCCAGGCCCCUGGUACCAUCACUCUCAAAAACCUGCAGGUCCUGGAGGUGGACUGCAUGACAGGAGUGGGACCCAAAGCUUGGGCCAAAGACUUCAACUUGUCCCGGCAGGGAUUGGUGGCAGCGCUGAUCCUCAGCUCGAGCUUGAGGCGCCUCCUGCUGCGCCCCACGGCGCUGGUGGACGACGACCUGCGCGAGAUACUCGCGCACAACCGCAUGCCGGCGCUCGAGGUGGUGGAGCUGUACAACUGCGUGCUGGGCAUCGAGGCCGCUCAGCUGCUGGUCGACACGUGCACCAACCUGCACGUGCUGAAGGGCGUGCGCACGUGGCGGGGCAUCGCACUGCUUGACCUCGUGACCCUCAGGAAGCACGCGCGAGGUCACAGGAGAGUCUCCGAGCUCAAGAUCCUGCCCUGACCUCCCCUCUACUCUG